UGCAGUGCCUGGAGAUGACCACCAAACGGAAAAUCAUCGGCCGACUGGUGCCGUGCCGAUGUUUCCGAGGUGAAGAAGAAAUCAUCUCAGUUUUAGACUACUCCCACUGCAGUCUUCAGCAGGUGCCAAAGGAGGUCUUUAACUUUGAGCGGACGUUAGAGGAGCUUUAUCUAGAUGCCAAUCAAAUUGAAGAGCUACCCAAGCAAUUGUUCAACUGUCAAGCUCUAAGAAAACUAAGUAUUCCUGAUAAUGAUCUUUCAAAUCUGCCAACCACUAUUGCUAGUUUAGUUAAUCUUAAAGAACUCGACAUCAGUAAAAAUGGUGUACAAGAAUUUCCAGAAAACAUUAAGUGUUGUAAGUGUUUAACAAUUAUUGAAGCCAGUGUCAAUCCCAUUUCUAAACUCCCCGAUGGCUUCACGCAGCUUCUAAAUCUGACCCAGCUCUACCUGAAUGACGCCUUUCUUGAAUUUCUUCCAGCUAAUUUUGGAAGACUUGUCAAAUUGCGCAUCUUGGAGUUAAGAGAAAAUCAUUUGAAAACUCUACCAAAGUCAAUGCACAAACUGGCCCAGUUGGAAAGACUUGACCUAGGCAAUAAUGAAUUCAGUGAGCUGCCUGAAGUUCUGGAUCAAAUACAAAAUUUAAGAGAGUUGUGGAUGGAUAAUAAUGCAUUACAAGUGCUACCUGGGUCUAUAGGGAAGUUAAAGAUGUUGGUAUACCUGGAUAUGUCAAAAAACAGAAUAGAAACGGUUGACAUGGACAUUUCUGGAUGUGAAGCCCUUGAGGACCUUUUACUGUCAUCCAAUAUGUUGCAACAAUUGCCUGACUCUAUAGGACUGUUGAAAAAAUUAACAACUCUAAAAGUAGAUGACAAUCAACUUACGAUACUACCCAACACAAUCGGAAAUUUAUCUUUGUUGGAAGAAUUUGACUGUAGCUGUAAUGAACUGGAGUCUUUACCUUCUACUAUUGGCUACCUUCAUAGUCUUCGAACGUUAGCAGUCGAUGAGAAUUUCCUUCCAGAAUUACCCCGAGAAAUUGGAAGCUGUAAGAAUGUAACAGUUAUGUCUCUACGUUCCAAUAAACUGGAAUUUCUUCCUGAAGAGAUUGGACAGAUGCAGAAGCUAAGAGUCUUAAAUUUGAGUGACAACAGAUUGAAGAAUUUACCAUUCUCAUUUACCAAACUGAAAGAGCUUGCAGCUUUGUGGCUUUCUGACAAUCAGUCCAAAGCCCUUAUCCCUUUACAAACUGAAGCCCAUCCAGAAACAAAGCAAAGAGUAUUGACUAACUACAUGUUUCCCCAGCAACCUCGUGGUGAUGAAGAUUUCCAGUCAGACAGUGACAGCUUUAACCCUACACUGUGGGAAGAGCAGAGACAACAACGCAUGACUGUUGCCUUUGAAUUUGAAGAAAAAAAGGAAGAUGACGAAAAUGCUGGGAAAGUUAAGGAUCACCCCUGCCAAGCCCCCUGGGAAAGGGGCCAGCGUGGGAUUACUCUCCAACCUGCCAGACUGUCUGGCGAUUGCUGCACACCAUGGGCCAGGUGUGAUCAGCAGAUCCAAGAUAUGCCCGUCCCCCAGAAUGACCCACAGCUGGCAUGGGGUUGUAUAAGUGGCCUCCAGCAGGAAAGGAGCAUGUGUACUCCAUUGCCAGUUGCAGCACAAUCCACCACUCUUCCCUCUCUAAGUGGCAGACAGGUUGAAAUAAACCUAAAACGAUAUCCAACUCCUUACCCAGAGGAUUUAAAGAAUAUGGUAAAAUCUGUACAAAAUCUGGUGGGUAAGCCAAGCCAUGGAGUGCGUGUUGAGAAUUCAAAUCCAACUGCUAACACGGAGCAAACUGUGAAAGAAAAAUAUGAACACAAGUGGCCUGUAGCCCCAAAGGAGAUAACAGUGGAGGAUUCUUUUGUUCAUCCAGCUAAUGAAAUGAGGAUUGGGGAACUUCACCCUUCAUUAGCUGAGACCCCUCUGUACCCACCCAAACUUGUUCUGCUAGGGAAGGACAAAAAAGAAUCAACUGAUGAGUCUGAAGUUGACAAAACUCACUGUCUGAAUAACAGUGUUUCCUCAGGCACUUACUCAGACUACUCGCCUUCCCAGGCUUCCUCAGGAUCCUCUAACACGCGGGUUAAAGUGGGGUCCUUGCAGACAACAGCUAAAGAUGCAGUACAUAAUUCUUUAUGGGGUAACAGGAUUGCACAAUCUUUCCCACAGCCUCUUGAUUCAAAGCCAUUGCUCACCCAGCGGGAGGCUGUUCCCCCAGGGAAUCUACCACAGCGUCCUGACCGGCUGCCAAUGGGCGACGCCUUCACUGACAACUGGACUGACGGUUCACAUUAUGAUAACACAGGGUUUGUUGCAGAGGAGACCACAGGCGAGAAUGCCAACAACAAUCCUCUCUUAAGUUCGAAAUCUAGAAGCACAUCUUCUCACGGACGCAGGCCUUUGAUUAGGCAGGAUAGGAUUGUUGGUGUUCCCCUGGAACUUGAGCAGUCUACACACAGACACACGCCAGAAACAGAAGUGCCUCCUUCCAAUCCUUGGCAGAAUUGGACCAGAACCCCUAGUCCUUUUGAAGACAGGACCGCUUUCCCUUCCAAAUUAGAGACAACCCCCACCACCAGCCCAUUGCCUGAAAGGAAAGAGCAUAUAAAAGAAUCUGCUGAAAUACCUAGUCCUUUUUCUCCAGGAGUACCAUGGGAGUAUCACGAUUCCAAUCCCAACAGGAGUCUUAGCAAUGUCUUUUCUCAGAUCCACUGCCGCCCAGAAUCAUCUAAAGGUGUUAUUUCCAUUAGUAAAAGCACAGAGAGGCUUUCCCCACUCAUGAAAGAUAUCAAGUCCAAUAAGUUCAAAAAGUCACAGAGUAUCGAUGAGAUUGACAUUGGUACAUACAAGGUGUAUAAUAUACCAUUAGAAAACUAUGCUACUGGGAGUGAUCACUUAGGAAGUCAUGAACGGCCAGAUAAAAUGUUGGGACCGGAGCAUGGUAUGUCCAGUAUGUCUCGAAGCCAGUCAGUGCCGAUGCUGGAUGACGAGAUGCUCACUUAUGGAAGUAGUAAAGGGCCACAGCAACAAAAAGCUUCCAUGACCAAAAAAGUCUAUCAGUUUGACCAAAGCUUCAAUCCCCAAGGAGCAGUGGAAGUUAAAGCCGAGAAGAGGAUACCGCCCCCCUUUCAACACAAUUCCGAGUACGUGCAACAGCCCGGCAAAAACAUCGCCAAGGAUUUGGUUAGUCCUAGAGCUUACAGAGGAUACCCACCCAUGGAGCAAAUGUUUUCAUUUUCUCAGCCAUCUGUGAAUGAGGAUGCUGUGGUGAAUGCCCAGUUUGCAAGCCAAGGUGCCAGGGCAGGCUUCCUGAGAAGAGCCGACUCCCUGGCGAGCUCCACAGAAAUGGCCAUGUUUAGAAGGGUCAGUGAACCUCAUGAGCUGCCUCCGAGCGAUAGGUACGGCAGACCUCCAUAUAGGGGCGGUCUGGAUCGCCAAAGCAGCGUUUCAGUGACUGAGUCCCAGUUCCUGAAAAGGAAUGGCAGGUAUGAAGAUGAACACCCUUCAUAUCAAGAAGUGAAAGCUCAGGCGGGAAGUUUUCCAGUUAAAAACCUUACCCAGAGGAGGCCAUUGUCUGCAAGAAGCUACAGUACAGAGAGUUACGGUGCCUCCCAAACCAGGCCAGUUUCAGCUAGGCCUACUAUGGCAGCUCUUUUGGAAAAAAUACCAUCUGACUAUAACUUGGGUAACUAUGGUGACAAGCCAUCAGAUAACAGUGAUAUAAAGACGAGGCCCACUCCUGUGAAGGGAGAGGAGAGCUGUGGUAAAAUGCCUGCAGACUGGAGACAACAGCUGCUUAGACAUAUAGAAGCUAGAAGGUUAGACAGGAAUGCUGCUUACAAACACAACACAGUUAACCUUGGCAUGCUGCCCUAUGGAGGUAUUUCAGCAAUGCAUGCAGGCAGAAGCAUGACUUUAAACUUGCAGACUAAGUCUAAAUUUGAUCUACAAGAACUACCUCUUCAGAAAACCCCGUCCCAGCAAAGCAACAUUUUAGACAAUGGACAAGAAGAUGUAUCUCCUAGUGGCCAAUGGAAUCCUUAUCCUCUUGGGAGGCGGGAUGUACCUCCGGACACCAUUACUAAAAAGGCAGGCAGCCACAUCCAGACUUUGAUGGGGUCCCAAAGCCUUCAGCACCGUAGCCGGGAGCAGCAGCCAUAUGAGGGAAAUAUAAACAAAGUGACCAUCCAGCAAUUUCAGUCACCAUUGCCUAUUCAGAUCCCCUCUUCACAGGCCACCCGGGGACCUCAGCCUGGACGGUGCUUAAUUCAAACUAAAGGGCAAAGGAGUAUGGAUGGCUAUCCAGAGCAGUUUUGUGUGAGAAUAGAAAAAAAUCCUGGCCUUGGAUUUAGUAUCAGUGGUGGAAUUAGUGGACAAGGAAAUCCAUUUAAACCUUCUGACAAGGGUAUCUUUGUUACUAGGGUUCAGCCUGAUGGACCAGCAUCCAACCUGCUGCAGCCUGGUGAUAAGAUCCUUCAGGCAAAUGGACAUAGUUUUGUACAUAUGGAACAUGAAAAAGCUGUAUUACUACUGAAGAGUUUCCAGAACACAGUAGACCUAGUUAUUCAACGUGAGCUUACUGUCUAAAUAUUUUUUAUAAAUAGUGAAGAUACGUCUAGCCAGACCUAAUGUUCAAAAAUAAAUUUAUACAUAGAAACAAAUUUUGCCAUUUGCUGGACCAAUGGCAAACAUUAGUGCCAAAUGUAUAAUAAUAUAUGUUAGCACUGAUCAUCCUUAAAAAUGUUAACUAUAUAAAUAUGAUGUUCAUGUGGUUAUGUAUUAGUUUUACUUGUCAGCCUCUGGCUGUGCAUUGGUGCAGUUUUGUUUUUGUUUUUGUUUUUGUUUUUUAAUCAAAUAAGUUUCUUCUCGAAGUGGAUUUCAUAUAAUUUCGGAGCACGGAAGCACAUACAAGCUCUUUACGAAUUCUGCUCUCCAUCAGAAACACUGCCUCAAAGUUGUAUAUGCCUUUAUAUAGAAAAUACAAAUAUAAAGAAUUGUAAUUCCCAUAAAAUAUUUCUAGCACAGGUAUAUGUUGGCAUAUAUACAAAAAGAAUAUAGAGAAAAACAAUAUUUUCAUAAACUAAACAUCUCGGAUUGAGAAAGAAACUAUAUCUUAAAAUAAGACUUUACUAUACUGAAUCUUUUUCAAUAAAAAUUACAUGAUAAUGCCUUAUGAAAGUAACUGU